AUGUUUCAUUUAUUUAAGAAGAAAAGCGAAAUGCUAAAAUUCGCUCGGUCUGGCGUUAGAAGCUUCACUCAGCAAGCUGAACAGACCAGCAGCAGACGCACUAAUAUAGCCGUUGCCAGUAGUACCUUGCUUUCCGUUGGUAUGGUCGCCUUGUACUACAAUGUAUACGGACCCAAGCUUUCAGCUGCUUCUCCAAAGGAAGAAGGAUUACAUUUUAUAAAGCAUGAAUGGCCUCAAGAAAAAUUGCUUAAGGGAUUUGACCAUGCCAGUCUGCGCCGUGGUUUCCAGGUUUACCGUGAGGUUUGUUCUGCUUGCCAUGCACUUGAUUACAUCGCCUGGCGUCAUUUGGUGGGUGUCACCCAUACCGCUGACGAAGUGAAGGAAAUGGCCAGCGAGUAUGAAUAUGAAGACGGUCCGGACGAUGAGGGUAAGAUGUUCAAGCGUCCCGGUAAGCUUUCCGACUUCCUGCCUGCUCCUUAUCCCAACGUUGAGUCUGCUCGUGGCGCCAACAACGGUGCUGCUCCUCCCGACCUUUCCUUAGUUGUCCGUGGUCGUCACGGUGGUCCUGAUUACGUUUAUUCCCUUUUGACCGGUUACGUGGAUCCUCCUGCUGGUGUCGAGAUUCCUGAUGGCAUGAACUUCAACCCCUUUUUCCCUGGUACUCAAAUUGCUAUGGCUCGCCCCUUGUUUGACGAAGCCGUUGAAUUUGAAGAUGGAACUACCGCUACCACUUCCCAAGCUUCCAAGGAUGUCGUCAACUUCCUUCAUUGGGCCAACGAGCCUGACUUGGAUACACGCAAGAAGAUGGGAUUCCAAGUCAUGACUGUUUUGACCAUCAUGACUGCCAUUAGCAUGUGGUACAAGAGAUUCAAGUGGUCACCCAUCAAGAACAGAAAGAUCGUAUACCAACGCCCCGUCAGCAAGUAA